CCAACUUUUCUGCAAGCGGACUGUGGAGCACUCGUCCGUGUCUGGCGGUGUUUCACGGAAUCAAGAUCUGACGACCUUGAUACCGAUACUCUGGAUGUGGAGAGACUUACGGUUUCGGGCAGUCCGAAUUCCCCAACGAAGGCUAUUAACAGGCCCAUUGCCGGCAGCUUAUUCCAAUUGAAAUUGUCUAGUCUCUUUUUGAUUCGGGGAGUGACUGCCAAAUACCAGUUUCAUUUGGGCACGGAAGUUGCCCACGAAGGCGGUAAGUUCGACGACCUAGUAUUCAAGUAUCAAGUGUCAACAGGUGGCGACCACCAUCAGUGGCGCUAUCGAUUUUUACAAGCCAAGCACAAGCAAAACGAGAUCAAGAAUCAGAUAACGUCGGAAGCGCUGCUGGACGACGAUCACGGAGAUUUCAGCGUUUCAAAGUAUUACCGUUCCUAUUGCCGUGAAAUUCUAAAUGGAAGUGAAGGCCGUCGCCCGGAAGAAAUCGACGACGUCAUCAUUUGUACUAACAUUAAUUUCAACGAAGCUAAUCUCAACGCCUAUGGAAUUGAGUUGGUGCCUCACAACGAUCCGUCCGAUAAGAUUUUAUCUUUUGAAAAGUUGCCGGGAGGAAAAGUGCCAGUUCGUCACAAGUUGAAAAAUACGGAAGUGCUGCGCAAGAACUUAACAGAAAGCUCGAAAAAGUCCAAGUUAUAUUCGCUGGCCAAAAAGUUAAUUGAAUUUGAAACGAGAAACAUCUGCCUGUCCCUGACUCAUGAGCUCAUCAAAAAUUGCCAUUUGGCUUUGGUGAAGGAAAAGGUCAUCGACUUGACAACUCAAAGGCUCCACUCGGAUUUCAUUUAUGGGAAAAAUUUGUCGAGCGAUGCCAACGAAUUACGAAGAAUUCUCCGUGAUUUUUCCAUGCGAAAAUUGAUUUGGAAAGAAGACUGGAAAAGCUGCACCUUCAAGCUCGACGACGGGUUCGGAAUUGGCGAGGAAGUUCAGUGUCUAUCUGGUCCCGAGGAAGAAAUCGACAGUUUCUUGGACAAGUUCGUCUUUGCUGUCAACACUCCAAACGAAGUGGAAUUAGACGCCAUUAUGAAAAACGAGCUGGGGAAGUAUUACAAUCUACUCGUGAGCGACGUGCAAUUCAAUCACUUUUCUAACACGAUGCUCGACUGGUUCAAGAACAAAGAUUCCCAAUGGAUGACAUCAGACCAGGGUAUUCGUAUUCUUGAUGAUAUUCAAGAAAAGGUGGAUCAGAACCGCCGUUCGGUUUUAAUCGAUUACGGAAAUCAGAUCAAUAAAAUCGCAGAAAUAACCGACACUACGACUCAGGAAAUGGCCGAGAAAUUGAAACCUUUUCUGACAUCGUCCGAUAAAUUAAAAAUCAACUACUUGAAGACCGACUGGCCAGAUUUCUCAGCUCUCAAAGUCAUCGCGGCCAUCAAGACCCUUCCCAAUUUCAAGUUCACCGACAGCUACAUGGUUAUUUCAUCGAAACACGCACAGAAGAAGGAAGACUUUCAAGAUCUGAGGAGAAUGUUCAGCAACGGAAAAGCUCAUCAUCUUCUUGUAAUCGUCUGCGAAGAUCACAGUCCCAUCAGCUACGACAAGUACGUGAAUCUCGUGGCCGAUAGCGAAGAAAAGAAAAUUUUGUUAAUCGUGAAAAAAGGCACCGAUGUCCGUCCGCAACUUCUCAUCAACGAAGACGUCAUCAGCUACGGGCAACUCAGCGAAAAUUUCAAAAAUGUUUUGCUGUCGAAAAAGGUUUCAUUCCAGGGAAAAGACAUGCCCGUCAGAGACCUGAUCCCGCCGGACAAGGCUGAAAAUGUAUUGGAUUGGGAAUCGAUCAAGAUGUUGGUGGCGCAGAAUAAAAUCGUCGUGCCGUCGUUCAAUACGACCCGGUUUGAGCGAUCUCUCUACAUCAAGAGGCGGAUGGCGUUACCGUUCGAGUUUGACAGCAAAUUUUGGGAGAAUUUGGCCGAAGACAUGAAAUGUUCAAAAACUCUCCUCAUGUCCGAAUGCAAAGUCAAUGCCAAAGGUGCCAUCAAAUGGUCUGCCAGUGAAGAACGAAAAGUGGAGAUGUGGGAGAAGAUUAAAAUUAAAUUAAGUGAUAGAAGCACCUUGGGUCUUCCGGCUAACGCAAUCAUUUCAGAAGACGAGUUGAUUUUUGACAAGAAGUGGAAAAAUAGUGCCGUCAUCAUCUCUGGUGGUGCCGGAACCGGAAAGUCGACGGUAUUAUCUCACUACUGUGAAGCAAUCAAGAAAACAAAACCAACUCGCUGGAUCAGUAGAAUUAAUUUGGUCGAUCAUUGCGAAAUUCUAUCGAAAUUUGAACCCAAAAUUAAGGAUAACUCGUCCAACGAAGAAGAUGAGGAGGAUUUCUCUACGACAAUAGACUUUUUCGUCAACGAACUCAACAUCCGAGACAGUGAAAAUGCGUUUUCCCGUUCGCUAUUGAGGCACCAACUGAAGAUGGGUGACAAUAGGGUCGUCGUCAUGUUGGACGGUUUUGAUGAAAUCAGCAGUCAACUUCAAGAGAAAGCGAUUCAUCUGAUGAAAGCCAUCAUCGCCAACAAAUCGGUUCAACUCUUUGUCACUACUCGGCCUCACAUGAUGGACCAGUUGCAGUUGCAGUUGUCUCAAUUGGCUUACAGUCUGGAAAACUUCACCGAAAAGGACCAGAUUGAUUACCUGUCCGAGUAUUGGGAAACUAACCUGAAGGAGCUGGAAGACAAGUCCGUCGUCAUCCGCAAGUUUUCCGAGUAUUUCGUCCAACGUGUGUCGCAUACUCUGAAGGAAAAGGAGAAAUCCUUCAUCGGAAUCCCAUUGCAGUGUCGCUUAAUGGCCGAGUGCUUCCAGUCAGACCUACAGGGAAUAAUACAAGAAAAUAGAAACGACAGUGAAAUCCAGAAACUGCUGGACGGACAGAAAUUCGAUCUGGCCACCAUGUACAAUCGGUUGAUGGAAACGAAACGACGAGUGUUUCUCCAAGAAAAGAUCAAUGUGUCAGCUCCCAACCCAAUAGUGGCCUACGCUAUUGACAGUUUCAUCAAGAAGAUCGAAUUUCACCUGACCAAAUUGGCCAUCGAGACGAUUUUCACCGAUCAGGGGACAGUGAAUCUCUUGUGCCCACCCAAUUCGCAGCACCAGUCAAAAUUCGAAAAGGCCGCCGAGGAAAAAGCCAUUGCCGAAUGCGGUCUCAAAUUUGGCUUGACGUUUCAUAACGGCGAAAAAGUUCAAUUCCUGCAUCGAACCUUGGCCGAAUAUUUGGUGGCAAAAUUCUUUUUCCAAGGAUUCAGUUUGGAUCAAGAAAAACACAAUGGGCUUUUGGAUAAGGCCGUCGUUCGUGAUUUGAUUUUCAGUGUCGUGAUGACGAAAAAUAACGGCAUCUACGAUGGCGUCCAAAUGUUUUUCGAUUCGUUUUUGGCAGAGUUAGUCGACGAGGAUGAAGAGUGGCGCAACAUCAUCGACAAACGCCUCAAGAACAAAUUCCCUGAACGCCUUAAAUCUUUUAUGAAUGGCAUUAUCAACAAACGGCAAUCAGUUUACGUUGUGGAUCCUAACAUUUUGGAAGUGCCCAUCAAUCAGAGGAAUACGAGCCUCUUCAAAUUCAUUUGCGACUGUCUCGAUAUGAUGAUCGAGCCGGUUAAACUUCGAAAAAGUAUGUCCUCUUUGUUUCGUGUCAGCAGCAAAUUCUUUUACGAGCAAAGUAGCGAAGCCUACAAGCGAUUACUCAGCUAUUUUAGUAGUCCCAGCGAGUCCGAAUUGAACACCAUUCUUGAUCACAUUUUGUACUACCCCAUGCAAAUCUACCUGGACGAUUUGUUUUGGAAUGAAGUAGAAAAGAAGAAGAUCCUGAAACUUGUUCUCGACUUUAUGGGAAAGAACCUGGCGACUUUGAAGCGAAUUUUAAAAGAUCCAAGUUCAAAUGCAGAAAAGCAAAUAAAAUUUGCCCUUCACUUCUUCAUGUGCAACGAUUAUUACGACAGCGAACUGAAGCAGUAUCUUGAACUUUUGUCAUCCGCCUACUCCAGCGAACCCUCGUUUCUCAACCUGUUCAAGGCUACGUUCAACAUAACCGAGUCGCAUUUCGGGAGCUUUCAACUGAAUGGAAAAAUAGAGAAGACGGUGGUUAUCCUACGAAAUCUUGGACGGAUCAGAGUGCUGGAGGCACUUUCUCAUGUAGUGCUCCUGCGGGAUCCGGAAGUGUUUCGACGCUAUUACGAACCAUCUCUAUCACUAGACGAAACGGACGUUGUGUCGACUAAUUUGCAUCAGCUAUUGGCCCGGGACCAGUACCGAAUGACCCGACUCGACCGAGCUGCAUUCCGCGGUGACGUGAGAGCUGUCGAUCGCAUACUGCAAACGCUUCGCCAUAGUUUGUCAUCUGCUGAAACCAAUGAAGAAGUGAAGAAGACGGCCAAGGAAGUGGUAGUUGACCUGGUUUUUCGUGAGAGUCAAGAAUUUACUUCAUUUUUCGUGGCGGCCGCCUUCGGUCACGAAGAAAUCUGCCACAAACUGCUGGUUUUCUUCAAAGAACUUGUAAUUAUGAAGGUAUUGCCCUUGAAACAGCUACAAGAUUUCUACGUCUCCCCCAAUGGAAUGAUCUACAACGCCACUCAGUUUGCCAUUCGCUUCCUGAAAUUGCCAAUGUUCCGGGUGAUUCUGACGUCUGUCAAAGAAAUUAUGGGGCAGCGCCCUCUCGUUUUCCUACUAAAAAAAUUUAUUUUGAAUAACAAGGAAUGGUUCGAAACGUUGGCCGAAAUCGUUGUUAAUGGCACGGACGGAACUACCGGAUACCAGCAGUUGAACGAGAUCGUUUUGCAAGACUCUACUACCCUGGAGGCACUACGCAUCGUCGAGGAAGAAACUUUCAGCCAAAUGGUGUCGGUAGACGGAGUCGAAAAAUGGACGAAAUGUCUACUGGAUAUCGACCUUCCCAAGGGCUUCCAUUUGCUCUCACGUCACCACCUGAGUCACUUUGAUCGAACCCAAAUGCGCAGUUUCAUCAAGACCAUCAUUUCCGACAGCAACGGUCAAGAUAAUAGUUACUGGGAUCGCUUGCUGUUAUUGGAUCUGAGUGCAGAAGAUUUCCCGUGCAAUAACUUCGAGAGCGAUUUCGGUCACAUUUUAAAAUGUGCCUGGGAUAAAUCGGUUCAGGGUAAAGAAAGACUGGUACUCUGUGAUAUCGGUGGAGUUACAGGUUUUUUGCCAUCGCUCACCCAUUCGUUGUUGAUGUACAGCGAAAAGAGUCUCGUCUACCGGCUCUUUGAUUUUAUUAAGGAAAGCCAAGACGAGGAAGUCAUCUGGCGAAUGAUGGAGUGUAUGCCCUCUCUGUUGCAUUACGUCAUGAUCCCCUUCAGACAAAUUCUGUCGCCUAACACUGUCAUCCAGACCCGGGUGAAAGUUUUGGAGUUCGCCCUGGAUCACGCCGGUCAUCUUUCCAAUACUCUCCAAUUCUCAGCUUUGGUUGACGAGCUUUUGUUCCCGCACGAGGACUACGACGGGAGAACGCGCAGUAUUUGGUGCUACCAAUUCCGUUUCGACUUUUUCUACGCCGAAGAAGUUGUGGCCAGCAGAGUGGGCCAGUUCUUGUCCUGGGUGUCGACGAAACUCAACAAACGUAAAGUGAAAGAGCUGGUGACGCACAGGUACGAAGAUGAAUCCGGAUCUACAAAUGUCAUCUUUUACUUGGCUUCAAAGCACCGCCGGAGUCUAGUCGAAAUCAUGCUGUCUCAUCUGGAAGAGUCUGAUCGUCGAGAAAUCCGCCUCAUUGCAGCCGCAAGUGGAUGUCUAAUGUAAUAAAAGAAAACCGCUACACCAAGCAUUUCUGAUCUCCAAUCGAUACCCUGCAGCAGUUCACUGUGUCGUUCACCUGUUUCCAAGUGCCCGGAAUAGCCUGCGACUAUGCCGGAUACUGUCGGCUGGCAGUCUCGAGGCGCAUGUCAAGCCGGAUUGUCGCUCAACAAAGGGCCGUUCCGUGGCGUCACUUUGAGCAGAUGUCUGAACAGUGGAGUCUGGCAGGUCCAGUUUCCCUUAUUUCUUUAUCCUAUUGAGUAAUUUUUAUUUAGUCAAGAUGCCAAAAUCAAGCUGGUCAUUGCUCUGUUUGCUUGCCAAAUUCAUGUGUACCCGGAAAUUAUGCUGAAAUACAAUAUCGGCUGCUCAAUUUCUCAGUAGCGCCGCUCAUUAA